UGUGAAAGCAUGGCUUUGAAGACAGAGGACCCCAACCAGACAGAGGUGAGCUACUUCUUCCUGGAGAGCCUGAUGUACACAGCUGAACACCCGAGCCUCUUCUUCCUCCUCUUCUUCAUCAUCUACGCCAUCUCGGUGACUGGGAAUCUCCUCAUUCUCAUCACUGUGGGCUCUGACCCUCAUCUGGCCUCCCCCAUGUACCACUUUCUGGGACACCUCUCCUUUCUGGAUGCAUGUCUGUCUACAGUCACAGUGCCCAAGGUCAUGGCAGGCCUUUUAGCUCUGGAUGGGAAGGUGAUCACCUUUGAGGGCUGUGUUGUACAGCUUUACUGCUUCCACUUCCUGGCCAGCACCGAGUGCUUCCUAUACACAGUCAUGGCCUACGACCGCUACCUGGCUAUCUGUCAACCCCUCCACUACCCAGUGGCCAUGAACAGGCAGAUGUGUGCAGCGCUGGCUGGGAUCACUUGGGCCACAGGUGCCGUGCACUCUGCAAUCCAUACCUUCCUCACCUUCCGCCUGCGCUACUGUGGGCCUGACCACAUUGCCUACUUCUUCUGUGACAUCCCCCCUGUGUUGAAGCUGGCCUGUGCUGACACCACCAUUAAUGAGCUUGUCAUGCUUGUCAACAUCGGCAUUGUGGCUGCAGGUUGUCUGAUCCUCAUCAUCAUAUCUUACAUCUUCAUCGUAGCAGCUGUGUUGCGGAUCCGCAGCUCUGAGAGUCGCCAGCGGGCCUUCUCCACUUGCAGCUCCCACCUCACAGUGGUGCUCUUAUACUACAUGCCACCUGUCUGUAUCUACCUGCAGCCUAGCUCCAGCGAGGUAGGCGCUGGGGCACCUGCUGUCUUCUAUACUAUAGUCACUCCCAUGCUCAACCCUUUCAUUUAUACUCUGCGGAAUAAGGAGGUGAAGCGUGCACUGCGAAGACUUCUGUCCAGAGGAUCUCCAGAGUCUCCAGGGGGCAGUCCAAUCUCCUAA